AUGGGAGCGAAGCUCCGCUUACGCAGACCUGAAGGGCUCCUCCUCGCGGCUCAUUUCCUCUUCCUCAUCUCCGUCGUCGUCGCCGCCCCCUCUCUGAAAGUGAAGCCCCUGAUGGAUCUCCAAGAACGCGCCGAGCUGCAGCUGGACCCCGCCGCGGGGCCGGAGAGCAUCGCCUUCGACGGCGGCGGCGGCGGGCCGUACACCGGCGUCUCCGACGGCAGUGUCCUCCGGUGGAACAGUACAACGCAGCGGUGGACGAACUUCGCCAUUCCUCCGCGGGGGGAGCAAGACGUGUGCGGCGGCCCCUACGAGACUAUGAUGGAAGGCGUCUGCGGAAGGCCGCUGGGGCUUCAGUUCGAGAAGGCCACCGGCGAUCUCUACAUCGCCGACGCCUAUUUUGGCCUGCUGAUGGUCGGCCCCGGUGGAGGAAUGGCGCAGCAGGUGGCGACGGAAGCGGAGGGACAGCCCUUCGCCUUCACCAACGGCGUGGACAUCGACCAGGAUGAGGGGAUCGUCUACUUCACAGACAGCAGCACCCGUUUCCACCGGAGGUACCUCCCCGGUGACUCACUCCGUCUUCCUCCAUUCUCGCUGAAUCGCAGGUGGGUUUCUCCCCUUGCAGAGACUUCAUACUGACGAUCCUCACCGGCGAUGCGACGGGGAGGCUGCUGCGGUACAACCGGAGGACGAAGGAGGUGGCGGUGCUGCUGCGGGGGCUGGCCUUCCCCAACGGCGUGGCCAUGGACAGCGACGGCGCGUUCCUGCUCGUCGCAGAGACCACCAACCGGCGGGUGCUCCGCUACUGGCUGCGCGGGCCGGCUGCGGGGAAAGUCGACGUCUUUGCGGAGCUCUUCGGCUUCCCGGACAACAUCAAGAGGACGCCAGCGGGGGAGUUUUGGGUGGCGCUCGGAAUGGGCAGGGACUUCUUCUCGCCGGGGGGAGCUCCGGGCGCAACGGUGAUGUGCCCGGUGGCGAUGCGGCUCGCCGCCGACGGCGCCGUCGUGGAGGUUGUGGAGGACUGCACCGCCGCCGGCGCCGUCAGCGAGGUGGAGGAAAGGAGCGGAACUCUCUGGCUCGGUUCUGUGGUCCGGCCCUACGUCGAGGUCUACAGUCUCUGA